CUCUGAAUUUCAGACCACUGACUAAAUAAAACCACAGAUAUUAAAUAAAUCCCCUCAACUUGGAAACCGGGAAGGUCUUCUCAACCCCGAGUUCAGAUCGUGACGUCAUAUCAACAUGGCUGCUCACACCGUCAACAGUAAAUAAAGUCCACCCCCGAGGUGCAGCGCGCUCCUUAAAGUCUGCGCUCAGUGGAGCGCAACCGGCAGCGCAGCGCGUGAGGGCACGAGGGAAGAGCGGAGGAGCCACACAGACGACUGAGGACUGAAAGAGAGAGAGAGAAAGUUAGGAACUAACCCAAUUGAAGAUCAGAGCUGCUACAGAAACACAGGAGCCGAACUUGCAGCAUGUCGCUGUUGAGGUUGAUGGCAGUGUGCUGGUGCUGCUGCGCCGUUUUGGUCGCCGCAAACUUCACGAUGGAGAACGACUUGGGCUCGGCUUUCGUGCACCGAGCGCUGCGCAGUCAGGAGCGCCGGGAAGUGCAGAGAGAGAUCCUGUCCGUGCUCGGUUUGCACCGGCGGCCGCGACCGCACUCUCCGGAGCGGCGCACGGCGGCGCCCAUCUACAUGCUGGAGCUGUACAACGCGGCGCUGGAACCCGCUGCUUCCGGUUUCUCUCGCGCUGCGGCUCCGGUUCUGGCUCCGGCUCCGGCACCGACACGGCGGGACCAGCGCUAUCUCAGCGACGCGGACAUGGUGAUGAGCUUCGUCAAUAUGGUUGAUCCUGAAGAAGACCCGCAUAUGUUCCAUCAGUUCCACCGAUUUGAUCUGUCCCGCAUUCCCGAGGGAGAAGCCGUGACUGCCGCCGAAUUCCGUGUCUACAAGGACUUUGUGCACGAACGCUACGAAAACGAGACCUUUCACGUCAGUGUGUAUCAAGUGCUCCGGGAAUACGAUGACAGGGAUUCAGAUCUGUUCUUGCUGGACUCGCGGGUGAUUUGGGCUGCAGAAGAGGGCUGGCUGGUUUUUGAUCUCACAGCUACCAGUAACCACUGGAUUUUGCACCCGGGUCAGAACCUGGGCCUGUUGCUUGUUCUGGAGAGUGCAGAUGGUGACCGUGUGAACCCCAGGGUUGCAGGGCUGGUGGGCAACCAAGGACCCCAGAACAAGCAGCCAUUCAUGGUGGCGUUCUUUAGAGCUACAGGCGUCCGUUUGCGUAGCGUUCGCUCAGCUCCCGCACACAAACAGAGGAACCAGAAUCGCCCAAAGACUCCUAAACACACACCGCCUUCCAGCCAGGAAGCCCUGAGGUUGGCCGAGGCCGCAGAGAACGUCAGUGUGGACCCAAAACAGGGCUGCAAGAAACAUGAGCUGUAUGUCAGCUUCAGAGAACUGGGAUGGCAGGACUGGAUUAUUGCCCCAGAAGGCUAUGCUGCAUACUACUGUGAGGGCGAGUGCGCCUUCCCUUUAAAUUCCUACAUGAACGCCACCAACCACGCCAUUGUGCAGACUCUGGUUCACUUCAUAAACCCAGACUCUGUCCCGAAGCCGUGCUGCGCCCCCACUCAGCUCCACGGCAUCUCCGUGCUGUAUUUCGACGACAGCUCCAACGUCAUCCUCAAGAAAUAUCGCAACAUGGUGGUCCGAGCGUGCGGCUGCCACUGACGGACACGCAUACACUCGGAGGACAGAAAAGGAGGAGAUCGAAUUGAGGCCAGCCGUGCCUUCAGGAGCCAUAGGUUUAAUAGGACUCGUUAUUAGAGGGAAAAGCGGUGCCCACGUGUUUCAAGUGUGUCACAACUGCAGCCAAGUAGAAUGGGGGCUGCUUUCAUUAUAUGCUGUAAAACUGAGAAUGGUAAAACGUCCAGCAAAAGAGCACAUGAAGAGAUGUGUUAAAUUAGCAUUAGGCACACUUUCCUUGCUUGAGUCACUGGAGACCGGGUCAAAAACUAUAUCAGUGUGAUGAACAGUGGGAAAUUCUUUUCAUAUUUGGCGUACAGGAAUCAAAGUGACGUAAAAGUGUUGUUUUUUUUCCCCGUCAGCUUCAAAGAUUUACAUGGGUGUAAUUUAUACAUGCAGGUGUGUGAGUGUGUGCGUGAGUGUGUGUGUGUGUGUGUGCGUGUGUGUGUUUUCAACCCCCUUGUGGCUAAACCCCCAUCCCACACACUGCAUUUAUCACACAGCCGAGUGUUCAGCAUGUGUUAACUGCCGGCAACAGGACCAUCACUUACUCCGUCCUCUCCUCUGAAGCGGGUCCAAAGCUGCGGGUGGCGGCCCGGACAGCAGCAUGUGGUUCUCAUCUGUGUUCUCUCUAUAGACCGGAUGAUAAAGCAGCUAAAUAGAACUGUCUGGAUAGGGACAGGUGCAAUUGAUUUUUUUUUUUUUUCUGCAGAGAACUGGAAUUCUACAGCUGUUCUUGGUCAUGCGAAUGUUAUUAUACAACAGAGCUUACGGAGACUCGCAAUAAUGAGGGAAUACAACCUACAAGUCCAGAUGUUUUGGAGAAAUGGGAGAUGGGAGUCUUUUUAGAACUUAUAUUCCCAUUUGUCAAGUUGAUCAUCAAACGCAUAACUACAGUCAGAUGGGGAUUGACUCUUUUAUUGCACAAAUCCAACAAAUAUUCUUGCCUUAGGACAUUAAAAACUUUUUUAGAAAAUGACACAAUUAAUUAUUUUAUUCAACUGUUGGUAUUUUUUUUUUUUUUUACAAAACACCUAAGUGCAAUUUCAUAGUAAGUCGAUCUAUAGAAAAUAUGACAGUUUUUUUUUUGCCCCUAUCAUCAUCUUUUCAUUGUGUAAGCGGUUGUAUAUAGUUAUAUUAUAAAAUAAACUUUGUAACUCUGUC